ACCAGGCAACUAUUUGCCCGGGACACAUACGUGAGCCUCCUCAAAUUGGCGCACUAAUCCUAAAAGGAGCCAUGAAGUGUUAAAUGGCAGAAAGCGGGAGAGCGGCGCUCAGACUCAAGCACGCCGGGAGAGAGGCAGGGAACACCGCUGCUCCACUGCGUCACACUGAAGGGGAAAAAUAAAAAAAGAAAAACUUAUCGACUUCUCCUCCCGAAGCGAACCUGCGCUGCGCAAUUAGUGCGAGGAGCCCACUACUUUUUUUAUUUCCUCCGCUUGUGAAGCAAAAAUAAAUAAAGAAAUCAAGCUGGCUCAGUGCGUGUCUCAACAGCCCACUUUGACAGGUGCUCCUCACCCCCUUUGGAGGACUGUCAACAGCAAGAGGAUGGCAUCAGAGCUGGCAAUGAGCAACUCCGACCUGCCCACCAGUCCCCUGGCCAUGGAAUAUGUUAAUGACUUCGAUCUGAUGAAGUUUGAAGUGAAAAAGGAGCCGCUGGAGCCCGAUCGCAGCAUCAGCCAGUGCAGCCGCCUGGUCGCCGGGGGAUCCCUGUCUUCCACCCCGAUGAGCACGCCCUGCAGCUCGGUUCCCCCCUCUCCAAGCUUCUCGGCGCCCAGUCCGGGAUCAGGAAGCGAGCAGAAGGCGCACUUGGAGGAUUUCUACUGGAUGACCGGCUACCAACAGCAGCUCAACCCCGAGGCUCUGGGCUUCAGCCCGGAGGACGCCGUAGAGGCGCUGAUCAGCAGCAGCCACCCGCUCCAGAGCUUCGACGGCUAUGCCAGGGGGCAACAGUUCGCAGGGGGGGCGGCACCGGCGGGCGCCAUGGCCGGGGAGGAGAUGGGCUCUGCGGCCGCGGUGGUGUCCGCGGUCAUCGCUGCAGCCGCGGCUCAAACCGGAGCUCCCCACCAUCACCACCACCACCACCACCACGCAGGGGCACAUCACCCGUCUUCCGGGUCCCAGUCAGGCGGCGGAGGCGGCGGCGGCGGAGGAGGCGGCGCGGGGGGUAACCACCAUCACCACCACCACCCGCACAUGCGCCUGGAUGAGCGCUUCUCUGACGAGCAGCUGGUGACCAUGUCGGUGCGGGAGCUCAACCGGCAGCUCCGCGGGGUCAGCAAGGAAGAAGUGAUCCGUCUCAAGCAGAAGAGGAGGACGCUAAAGAACCGCGGCUAUGCCCAGUCGUGCCGCUACAAGCGGGUCCAGCAGAGGCACGUCCUGGAGGGCGAGAAGACGCAGCUCAUCCAGCAGGUGGACCACCUCAAGCAGGAGAUCUCCCGGCUGGCCAGGGAGAGGGACGCCUACAAGGAGAAGUACGAGAAGCUCAUCACCACCGGCUUCAGAGAAAACGGGGGCUCCGGCAGCGACAACAACCCUUCGUCUCCGGAGUUUUUCAUGACGUCAAGAAAAUUCCUGCAUCUGUGAUAGCAAGCUUGGUCUUCUAUGUCCCUUCAUCCUCAGACAGAGUUGGCACCCACUUUGCAUUACAGCCAGGAGGACAGGAGGCUGGAGUCCAGGGGCUUUAUGCAGGCGGCUGGCCGUGCAUGCAGACAGACAGGCAGGGUAACCAGAAGCAGGUGUUGACCUGUGCCGCUGGAAGAUCGAAGGCUUUAUUUAAAGGCCUGGUCAAUGCUGGUGUGCUGCUGAGGUAGUGUAUCAGCCUUGCAACUGGCCGACUCAUCAGCAGCACUGUAAUACAACUCUGACUCUAACCCCCAAUACGCACACACACAAACACACACACACAGCGGACACAUCAGGUUUUACAGUGCAGCCGAGAGGCUGGACAGAGGAAUCGACAAGAUCAGCAUCAGCUAAGUUUACUGUGCUGCAGGAAAGGAUACUUUCCCAACAGAUAAAUAUACUAAUAAUGCCGUCAUUUUAGAAUAGGUUUUAUAUUGUAUAUUAUACUGGCAUUAACAUCUGUGGUUGUAUAGGAGACCUCCUGAUGGACUGUUUUUAUUCAUGUAAUGUGCUUAUACCAUUGUUUUGAAAACCCAUAGUACAUGUUUUCCGCUGUUGCACUGUUGAUAAAUGUGCAUUUGCACAGUUAAGUUAUGCUUUUAAGGCACUGGCUAUACAUUCCUGGAGAUGAUUUAUGUCUUGUAUAUUCACCUGAUGCACUAUGGCCUUCAAAGUGCUGUUGUCGUCAGAUACCCAGAGGUAUCGGAAACAUAAAAAAAGAGACUAAAAUAUACAUGAUACAGUUUCCUAUGUAUGGAAAUGUCUGACCCACUCUGUAGUUCCUUUUCUAUGUACACAAUACAUUUUUCUCAAAUAUUGUUUAGCAAUUUGUCAAAUGUGUGUAAGCAAUCCCUUUUUUUUGCUGAGAUAAUCCAUCCAACUCACAGGUAUGGCAUAUGAAGAUGUUAAUAAUACAGCAUGGUUAUGAGACAGGUGUGGUUGGCCACUCCAAACUCUGCAGUUUAUCCCACAGCACAAUGCCACAGAUGUUGCAAGUAUUGCUGGUGCAUGCGAUAGGCAUGCUGACUGCAGGAAUGUCCACUACAGAUGUCCACCCUGUGAAUUGAAUGUUCAUUUCACGACCAUAAGCUAUCUCCAAAGGCUUCUCAGAGAAUCGGUCAGUUCCACAGACCACAUGUAACCUAACCAGCCCAGGACGUGAAUUCACAUCUAGCAUCUCCAAGAUUAUCUAAGCGAGCCAGCUAGAAAGCUGCUGCAACAGUUGGUUUGCAUGAACAAAUAUUUUCUGCAAACUGUCUUUCAGGGAAUCUCAUCUGCAUGUUGUUCAGCUCUUGCAUGGCAAGUAUACUCACACUUGUGAGGUGGAUGGAUUAUAUCAGCAAAGAACAAGAAUGCAAUAAUUAGACAGCUUUGAGAGCAAUAUUUGCUAAAAACAGGCCUUUUGUGGAUAUAAAAACGUUUCCUCUCUUAAAAGACGGGAGCAAAAUCUACACUGUUGUGUUUGUAGUUUGUUAAGUGUUGGUGGCCGUACUCAGCUGUUGGUGUGAAACCCAUAAUUGUCAUACUGUUGUUUACAAUCCACUCAUUGUUUUCUCCUUGCCGCUAUUCCAACAUUGGUUCUGCUGCUAUUGUGUUGUGCAAUACUUCAUAAAUGAGCAUGUGGCCAAAGAGAGCUAUGAUUUUCUAAUCAUUAUUAUUAUAAUUAUUAAUCAUUAUUUUGCCAUAUUCCAAUUAAUACCCUGUCCUCUUUGUGGUUUAGGUAAAUAAAUACCACUGCUAUAAUUAGAGCGUUUACAGUAUUCAUGUUUUCCGUAUUGCAUG